AUGGUCUGGCAAGUAUGUUUCAUCAAACGGAAGUUCGGAGUUAUGAAGAAAAUCCACGAGCUUAGUGUGCUCUGUGAUUGUGACAUUGCCCUCGUAAUCUUCACCAAGUCGAACAAAUUGUACGAGUUCGCUAGCUCAGAUAUGAAUGAGAUCUUAUUGAAAUAUGCAGAAAACGACGAUAAGCCAUAUGAAUCGUACACAAAUAAAACUAUAAUUGAGAACUUAAACAGUCGAUACGGUAGUGCUCAGAACUCGUGCUCAAACAAGUGUGAUCUCACUGAAAGUUUAAGCGGGGACUCAAGUAGCUACAAUGGAGGAUGCCUUAUGGCUUACGGUGGUAGCUCAUCUACAAUCCAGCAAAACCAUGACAUCUCAUCUUCAUCUCUAAUUUCUUCACGCGCAUGUAAUGAAUCUCGGGUCAUAGAUGAGCCACUCGGUCAAUCUAAUGUAGGUUAUCAGAACCAGCCCUCAUACAAUAUUGAUAACUCCGCAACUUCAAAUGGGAACUCAAAUGGCUACAGUGAAGCUUACUUUACGACUUACGAUGUUAGCUCAUCUACAUGCCAGCAAAACCAUGACAUCUCACCAUUACCUAUAGUUCCUUCAUGCGUAUUUGAUGAGUCUCAGGUCAAAGAUAGUUCAGGAAGUCAAUCUGGUAGAGGUUAUCAGAACCAGCCCUCAUACAAUAUUAAUAACUCUGCAACUUCAAGUAGAAACUCAAGUAGGAAGUCAAGCAUUGAAAGCAUUGAAGCUCGCAUUGUAAGCCUCAUGACUUACGAUGAAAUCUCAUCUACAUCCCAGCAAAACCAUGACACCUUAUCAUUACCUCUGAUUUCUCCAUGUGCAUUUGAUGAUUUUCAGGUCAAAGAUAGCUCAAGCAGUCAAUGUCGCAGAGGUUAUCAGAACCAGUCCUCAUACAAUAGUGGUAACUCUGCAAUUCUAAAUGGAAACUCAAGUUGCUACAGUGGAGCGUGCCUUGCGACUUAUGAUGGUAGCUCAUCUUCAUCCAAGGCAAACCAUAACGUAUCAUCUUCAUCUCUAAUACCCUCGUGUGUAUUUGAUGAGUCUCAAGUCAAAAACAGCUCAGACAGCCAAUCUUGUGGAGGUCAUCUGAACCAGUCCGUAUACAAUUGUGGUAACUCUGCAAGUUUAAGUGGGAACUCAAGUAGCUACAGUGGAGCGUACCUUACGACUUAUGAUGGCAGCUCAGCUUCAUCCCAGCAAAACCAUGACAUCUCAUCAUUACCUCCAGUUCCUUCAUGCGUAUUUGAUGAGUCUCAGUGCAAAGCGACUUUUAAUAAUAUCCCAUCCAACCCUGAGGUACAUACUCCUGAAAUAGCCCCAUCAAUAGAUGAUCUCCAUUCUGCAUACAUGUUCUCAAAUAAUCCUGCUGAUUUGGACUUCACCUUAUUAAGUUCAGACUCUAAUACUCACUCGAGGUUUAAUCACAAUGACGGACCAAGUUUGUCAACAUCUCCAUUAUCACCCUUGAUGACACCGCACCCCGUUAUCUUUAACAACGAAAUGAUAUCCACUCCCAAUAAGGAGCACCACUUCCCUCAACCUUCAGUGUUCGUACCCUCAGCCGUGCCAAAAGUUGGGCAACAGGAAGGUCCGCCCAACAAAAAGUCUCGAGAAGGUUGGGAGGAGUGCUGGACUUUUGAUCCGGAAAAUCCGUAA